AUGGACACCAGUGUCGAGCGAAGCAUCACUAUACAUGGCGCAAACAAGCCUGGCCACUAUACGUGGUCGCCCUUUGUCACAAAGCUCGAAUUCCGCCUGCGUCUAGCCAAUAUCCCUUACCAACACGGUGUGGGCGGUCCAAUCUUUGGACCCAAAGGCAAAAUCCCCUAUCUCGAGUUAUCAUGCCCGGGAGCUCCUUCCGAGAUACUGGCUGACACUACGCUCAUCACGAAAGAGCUCAUCAGCAGAGGCCUGCUAUCUGAUAUGAACGCGGCGUUAGCCGCCAGAGAUAUAGCCUACGAUCUUGGUAUCAGAGCCCUGUUCGAAGAUAGGCUCUUCUUCUAUAAUUCUCGCGAACGCUGGAUCGAUAAUUAUUACACUAUGCGCGACUACGUCCUGGCCAAGGUGCCCUUUCCGCAGCGUAUCAUUCUCGGUUACCUAGCCUACCGGGGCAUUGUGAGGAAACUGCAAGAUCAAGGUACCGGUCGUUUCUCGAAUGAUGAGGUUCGCAGUUUCCGCACGGAUAUCUGGCAGGGUAUAAAUGGUCUGCUCGAGGACAGCCGAAGACAAGCUGAUGAUAACGACUGCUUCUGGGCACUUGGAGGCCACAAGCCCACUGAAGCCGAUGCCACUUUGUUCGGAUUUACCGUCAGCGCGCUCGUUGCGGAUGCUGGGCCGGAGAGCAGAGAGUUAAUCAAGACAAGAUGCCCCGCGGUGGUUGACUAUGCUACAAGGAUUCAUCGUCGUUACUUCCCCGAAUACCACCUGUGGGACGGAACCCAGUAUCCUCUGACCACGCUCUCCGCUAUGCGUCUCACUACUAGCGUCAUCGCUGGCUUCAUCGCUGUCGGUGCCGCCACGCCAGCCGGUCUGACAAUCCUGUCAACUUCAACCAGUGGCUCCGCAGAUGCUGUUACGGCCCGAUCAACCCCUGUAGAUGGCAACUGGCACAUCGGCUGCGACGCGAACAACUACUGCUCCUACUAUCAGGACAGUGAUAUCGCUGCUGAAUCGUCCGCCGACUCGUUAUCGUCUCGCACCAUUACCCUGUCGGAGGCUACGUGCAAGCAGUGUACAAGUCAAGACCCUUGCGAUCCAGAGCUUGCUGAGGCCAUUCGCAAUCACACAGGCGUCACUGAUAUCCCAGGCGUCACAGCCACCAUCUACGAGACCGUUACCAGCACCAGUGUUGAGACCAGUUCCAUUGUGCUGCCUACGCCAACUUUUGAUUCCACCAUCACCAUCACAACACCAAGCGAAACAACAACUGUUGUCGUCAUGCCCCAGCCAGGAACUACAACUACGACGCAGACCGUACUUUACUCAACCUCCAUCUCGACAAUUCCUCCUCCCUCGGUUUCCACAGUCACCAUAUCGACUAUACCCUCACCUCCAGCUGUCACGGUUACUGCAUCUGCCCCUCCUGCUAGUACCACCACUGUCGUCGUAGUCCCUCAGGACCCCACGACGAUCACUACGACCAUCCUUUCGGUACCUCCGAUUCCCCUUAGUACCGUCACUGUAUACCCCCAGGCCCCGCAGAACAGUGCGGUCAUUGUAUCUUCUCCCCGUCUCCAAACCAGCACUGUGAUAGUGGUUCCUCAACGUCCUCAACCCAGCACUGUGACAGUAACUCGCCAGCGUCCUCAACCCAGCACCGUCACCGUGGAAAAGCCGGCCUCCACCAUCGUCUACCACUAUCAGGAUCCAGCUUCCACCGUUGUCGUACAGCCCCCAACCGUUACUGCUUCGCGCUCCCCGUCUGUGAUCGAGAUUCCUAUGACCAUGAUCACAACCGCGACACAUACGGUAGCCAGAUCAGUUCGUGCGGGAUGCGAUUUUGCUUGCGACGAAGAUUGCUUCUACUUUCUUUGCAAAGACGCCGUUAGCGGAUCGGAGGUUUGUGUGAGUGUGCCAGAGGAUGCCAAAGCUUUCAAAGCAAACGAUGCAUCCAUGACUCCCAGCGAUUUCCUCGGCUCCGCUGCUAUGCUUUUGGUACUCGAUGACGCCGAAGACUCGACUUCCAACGCUUCAGCCAGCCACCUACAGCCUGCAGUCUCCAAUGGUACUAGGCCAAACUUUGCUUUUGCUGAGGAGGACUGUUAUCUGUGCGAGGUCGAUGACGAAUCUUGUGGAAUGUGUGACUGGCAGUUCACCUGCGGCACCAAGAAGAGGUGCUUUCAUAAUGGAGCUCGCGAGGUUGUCGAGAUGUGCUUCGAGACUGGCGAGAAGUGUCGUCCCUGA